UUUUGUUUUUUUUAGCGUUUGUUGCACAAACGACACUUGAUUUGUGUGGAGUAGAUUUACGAGAGGAACGGCUGUGGGUGUGGGCUGAGCACCGACGGCCCCCCGCGGCCCACCACGGCUCUAUCUAGUCCGUGCCUCGGCACCGCUGAAUGAAAUCUCGGGUCUCAGAGCUGUCAUCGCGAGAAAUGCAGGGUUGGUCGCGCCGUUGGACAGCUCCCUCGGUCGAGGAGCGCCUGGGACGCUAGCGCGCGUGCGCGCGCGAGGCUCCGCCCUCCUCGCCGCUCUUUGCCCCUCAUGCUGACCGCGCGCCUGGGUCGCGGGCUGCUGUGCGGGCUCCUGCGGGGCCCCGCGCCAGCCGCUGCGAGCCAUGGCCCGGCGCGGCGGCUCCUGCUGCAGAAGCCUGGGGCUGCCUUCUCCCAGCGCUCGUCAUCCCUGGGCCGCCGGCUCCCUCCGAGCUCCGCGGCGACCGAGGACGGCGAGGAAGACUCCGACACGGAGGAGCGCUUUCUGUUCCCGGAGUACGUCCAGGAGCCGGACCCCGAGGAGCAGUUGCGGGAACUGCGGGAGCUGCAGCAGCGGCAGGAGGAGGAGGAGCGACGGAGGUUGCAGCGGCGGGAGGAGCGGCUUCAGCGGAAGCUGCGGGAGGGUCUCCUGCCUCUGCCGGUCUCGGAGCUCCCCGAUGUCACGGUGCCGCCCAGCGGCGUCUACUGCUCGGGGUGCGGGGCCGAGCUGCAUUGCCAGCACCCCGGCCUGCCCGGCUUCGUGACGGACGAGAAGUUCCGCGCCGCUACCCAGGCCGACGGCGGCCCGACGCGGACCGUGUGCCAGCGCUGCUGGCUGCUGGUGCACCACCGACGUGCCCUGCGCCUGCGGGUGAGCUGCGAGCAGUACCUGGAGCUGGUGAGCGCCGCGCUGCGGCGGCCGGAGCCCUCCCUGGUGCUCUAUAUGGUGGACCUGCUCGACCUGCCCGACGCCCUGCUUCCGGACUUGCCCAAGCUGGUGGGCCCCAAGCAGCUCUUCGUGCUGGGGAAUAAAGUGGACCUGCUGCCCCAGGACGCGCCUGGCCAUUUGAAGCGGCUGCGGAAGCGGCUGUGGGACGACUGCAUCCGCGCUGGGCUCGUGGUGGCCCCCGGCAGCCGAAGAGCUCAGUAUCCUGCCGGGGAUGAGCCACAGGGCGAGAACAAGAAUCAGAACCCGCCGGCCAGGUCCAGCCCGGUGGUCAAGGACGUGCGGCUGAUCAGCGCCAAGACCGGCUACGGAGUUGAAGAAUUGAUCUCCGCGCUUCAGCGCUCCUGGCGCUACCGCGGCGACGUUUACCUAGUAGGCACCACGAACGCCGGCAAGUCUACUCUCUUUAACACACUCCUGGCGUCUGAUUACUGCACCGCCAAGGGCUCCGAAGCCAUCGACCGGGCCACCAUCUCCCCCUGGCCAGGUACUACAUUAAACCUCUUGAAGUUUCCUAUUUGCAAUCCGACUCCUUACAGGAUGUUCAAAAGACAUAAAAGACUUAAAGAAGAUGCGGCCAAAGCUGAAAAAGAUCUGAGUCAGGAAGAACAAAGUCAGCUCAAUCAACUGAAAAAGCGUGGUUACAUAGUAGGAAGAGUUGGAAGAACAUUCUUGCACUCCACAGAGCAGAACACAGGGGUUCCCUUUGAGUUUGAUGCUGACUCACUGGCCUUUGACAUGGAAAAUGAACCUGUUGUGCCUGUGCACAACCACACCAAACAAGUAGAACUGACCCCACAGGAUGUGAAAGAUGCCCACUGGUUUUAUGACACCCCUGGGAUUACCAAAAAAAGCUGUAUUUUAAAUCUUCUAACAGAAAAAGAAGUCGAUAUUGUUUUGCCAACACAUUCUAUUAUCCCAAGAACCUUUGUUCUCAAACCAGGAAUGGUUCUAUUUUUGGGUGCUAUAGCCCGAAUAGAUUUCUUACAGGGAGAUCAAUCAACGUGGUUUACAGUUGUGGCUUCCAACUUCCUUCCUGUUCAUAUUACUUCCUUGGACAAGGCAGAUGCUCUCUAUGAGAAACAUGCAGGUCACGAGUUACUGCUGGUUCCAAUGGGUGGAAAAGAACGAAUGGCACAGUUUCCUCCUCUGGUUGCUAAAGACAUUACAUUAAAAGGAGGUGGAGAAUAUGAAGCAGUAGCAGAUAUCAAGUUCUCCUCUGCAGGAUGGGUUGCAGUAACACCUUACUCUAAGGGCACACUGCAUCUCCGAGGUUACACACCUGAAGGAACUGCUCUGACCGUCCAGCCCCCAGUCUUGCCAUAUAUUGUUAACGUCAAAGGACAGCGCAUCAAGAAAAGUGUGGCCUAUAAAACUAAGAAGCCUCCGUCCCUGAUAUACAAUCUAAAGAAACCAACUAAGUAAGACAGACCUGGAUUCAUACUGGAUAGUAACAGUAUUGAAAUAUGUUGAAAAUGUAUUAAAUACAAAAUUAAUAAAGACAAACUUUUACAGA